UCCAGCAGGCCUGAUGGAGGCGUGAAAGGGCAGAGGCCCCGUUCCUGCCCCAGGCACGGCAGGCGGGAGGGAGCGGAGCGCUUCGCAGUGACCUUGGUCACCCUCCUGCAUUAGAACAGGACUGCUCCGCGCCCUGGCUGUUUAGCAGGCUGUCUCUAUGGCUACCGGAAUAAACAGCAGAUAAUAGCGCAGCCGCCUCCGAGCAGCACUGCAGUCUGCAGACCAGGAGGGAGCAGGGCUUCUCCGGGUCGCCGGCCACAGCUCAGCAGAGGCACUUCAGGCGGUCAGCAUGGCUGGAAGCACUGACGUGGCAGCGCUGGAAGAGAGCUUCCGGAAGUUUGCCAUCUAUGGAGACACCAAAGCUACAGGGCAAGAAAUGACUGGGAAAAACUGGGCCAAACUGUGCAAGGAGUGUAAAGUAAUGGACGGCAAAGGGGUCACCGGCACAGACGUGGACAUCGUCUUCUCCAAAGUGAAAGGGAAGACAGCCAGAGUCAUUGGUUACGAGGAAUUCAAAAAGGCCCUAGAGGAGCUGGCCCCAAAGAGGUUUAAGGGCAAGAGCAAGGAGGAAGCAUACGAAUCCAUCUGUCAGCUGGUGGCAGGGAAAGAACCGACCAACGUAGGCGUCACUAAAGCCACAACUGGCGGGGCGGUGGACAGGCUGACGGACACCACCAAGUACACGGGCUCGCACAAGGAGCGCUUCGAUGAGAGUGGCAAGGGCAAAGGGAAGAGCGGGCGGGAGAACAUCGUAGACACCAGCGGCUAUGUGGGGGCCUACAAGAAUGCUGGCACCUACGACGCAAAAGUGAAGAAAUAGGGACAACUGGAAGUGCCACCGACCCUCCCAGGUCCAGGCACCCCACAGCCUCUGGGCCUUCAAUCACAUCAGCCUUGGGAACUGGCCUUAAUGGCACAGGCCUCCUGAGACUGUGCUGGGCCUAGCUCCUAGCCACGGAGCCAAGGCUGAUAGGCCUCUUGUCACCAAGGGCUGAUGUGAUUAGAAACUGACCUGGCCUUGCACUUUGCUCCCAACAUUACAUCAGCUCCAGAUGUAUUGUGAGCCGUGUCCCUCCUGCUAGCGCUAACGAAACCUUCUCCCCCGUGCGCCCCCAGGGCACCACGCCCCUCCUGCUAGCGCUAACGAGACCUUCUCCCCCGUGCGCCCCCAGGGCACCACGCCCCUCCUGCUAGCGCUAACGAGACCUUCUCCCCCGUGCGCCCCCAGGGCACCACGCCCCUCCUGCUAGCGCUAACGAGACCUCCUCCCCCGUGCGCCCCCAGGGCACCACGCCCCUCCUACUAGCACUAAUGAGACCUUCUCCCCCGUGUGCCCCCAGGGCACCACGCCCCUCCUACUAGCCCUAAUGAAACCUUCUCCCCUGUGUGCCCCCAGUUCACCACGCCCCUCCUGCUAGUGCCAACCAGACCUUCUCCUCCGUACCUCUCACAAGGCCGCCACAUUCCUCCCACUCGCUGCAAUGAGGCCUUCCCUUACUCAUGCACUGGGUGCUUGCCUGAAUCUCUUCCACUAGUGAGGUCUUCUACUCACUACAGAUGCCAAUAUCCCUCCUGCCAAUGACAGAUGCGCCUUUUCCAACCCUAUGUCCCUUCAGCUAAGGCCAGGUCUACACUAGGAAGUUUGGCUUGUAGAACUAUGUUGCACAGGGGUGUAAAAAAUCCCCCCUCACCCCCAGCGAUGCAGUGAUGCCAACCUAACCCCCAGCGCAGAGCAGCACUGUCAACGGAAGGGCGUCUCCCAUCGACAGAGCUACUGCCCCUCGGGGGGUGGCAUACAGGACAGCCGUACCAGUGCAACUUUUAAAUGUAGACCUGCCCUAAGAUUAACGACACCUCCUCCCCUCUGGGCACAUCAGUCAUCAGCAUUACUGCAGCCCCUUCUCCCCAGGGCACUUCACUCGUCAGCAUUAAUAGCAUCCUGCAUGCGCCUUCCCUGGAGAACUGGCCUGCACUGUGUUUAACCCCCACCCCUCGGGCUCCUCCAGCAGCCCCAGGCCCCAUCGUUCCCUGCCCAGUCCCCAGAUGCCUGCCUUCUUGGUGGAGUCACAGCCAAAGGCCUCCCUGCUCUGUAACCUGGCUCUGCAAUAAACCGCCCCCCGUUUUGUACUAGC